AUGAUGAGCAAAGAACCAAUCAGCAAUGAUAUUUUUAAGGCUGGUCUUUCGUGUUUGGGUAAGACGUUCAAUAAUGCUAGACAUGCCUAUCUCACAUUGAACAUCUAAAACAAUAAUUUGGUAUCAAUAGUGGGUAUUGAAAGAUACAAAUAUCUCCAGAACGUGGACGUUUCAAAUAAUAAGCUUAUUCAUCUGAAAGAUUUAUCUCACUUAAAGCAUCUGAUCAAGCUCAAAGCUUCUUGGAAUCAACUCAGGAAAAUGUUUGACUUUGAUCCUCCAGCCAACCUUGAAUGGGUUGAUUAUUCUGGGAAUGCUAUUAACAAGAUUGAAAAUUGUGAUUAAAACAUUUACCUUAAGUAUCUGAACUUAGACAGCAACAAUAUUCAAUAAAUUGAAGGUCUGAAUCACAAUAAAUGCCUUAGAACUUUAUCAUUAAAUGGAAACUCAAUUGAUACUAUUGAAAAUCUAGAUGGAUUAUUCAUAGAGGAGCUGUUUCUUCAAUCAAAUAGAAUUAGGAAAAUUUCAGGUAUAGAAAAUCUCACUGUACUUAAAACUCUUGAUCUUUCUAAGAAUCAAAUUAGCAGAAUGAAGGGGAUCUAAAAUACAGAAAGUUUAAGGUUCUUAUACCUUUCAUUAAACUUAAUCGGUAAAAUUGGCCAGCUCGUUUACGUUGAAAAUUUACCAUUGCUUACUGAACUUGAUUUAUGCUUCAAUCCGAUUCAAAACAGGAAAUACUAUAGAUUUUAGGUAUUAUUCCAUAUACCAUAACUAAGAUAACUUGAUGGAGUUGAGGCUUUGAGCGAGGAAAAAAUUAAAGCUGAAAACCUUCAUGGUCUCGAUCUUAACGAUAGAGAGCUUAUUUUCCAAAGUUUGUUACCAGAGGAGAAAUUCGUAGAUAGAAGAAUUCAUGUUUUGUAAGAUAUCCCAAUGGAAAGUGAAAGCGAGCCUGAAAAUAUAGACUUUAUUGAAUAAAGAAUUGAUCCUAAGGUCGGAAGAUCGAGAGAGUUUAGCUCAAUCGGCUCAUAAGGAAGAUUAAAAGGAAUGAAAAAUACCAAUAGUGCUCAUAGCAUGGGCUCAAGAAUGUCAUCAGCCAGAAAUAAGGGUCAGACUCCCAGAAGCUCUGUAGGUUAAGCAGAUAAAUAUGUUGGUGAAAUUCUCCAUCGAGUUAACUUUGAAGAUGGAAAAUCAGUCAACUAUUACCUUUAAUAUUGA